AUGAUCGAGUUCUGCCCCGCGAAUGGGGAGAGCCCUAUCAAGAAGGCGACCGUCGGGGACUACAGAACCAAGCUCAAGCUCAACUAUCAAGAGAGCUGCGAGGACGUCAAGACCAAGCCGAGCGUCAGAGGCCACGAUCCCAGCUUGACUGUCAUCUUGGAGGAGAUCCCUCCGGACAGCGACGUCUGCAGCUACAACGAGAAAGACGUCUCCGACAACGACAAGAGCAGCUGCGACCCUUGUGAGAGCUUCUCCAGGGCCAAGGCCAAGCACAACUCGAACAUGGACCUUCAUGCCGUCGACCUUGUGCAUGAAGAUGCCCCUGAACGACUGGAGGCUCGUCACGUCGUUGACAUCGUGGUCCGUGUGACGGACCUAGGAAUGUUGCCGUGUCCCCGCAGCUUUCCGAGAGACGUUGGCCAUGCGUCGGUUCUUCAAGACGUCGCCAACAAACGUGUACUCGUGCGAGACGACCGCGAUCAAUCCAGGUAUAAAUUCGCAGGUCGUAACCUCGUUCCUGACGAUGUUCUCGCUUUUGACCACGUUCUCGCUGAUGCCUCUCGUCCUGACCUUGACGCUCUUCCUGGAGCACUCUCUCCGCGAAGCCCCUCGACAUCACCUCCCCGAACUACCACUCACUUCAUGCUAUCCCAGGCGUUCCUCAACAUCUCUCCUUUGCGGCUGUGUGGCUGCGUGGCCUGCUUCCCGGACACGAACCUAUCCGCAUAA